AUGCCCAUAAUACUUUCUGGGAGUGAUGUUGUGGCUAUGGCCCGAACUGGGUCGGGGAAAACGGCGGCCUUUCUAGUCCCUAUGCUUCAGAAGCUCCAACAGCAUGUUCCACAGGCUGGCGUCCGAGCCCUCAUUCUCUCCCCGACGCGUGACUUAGCUGUCCAGACUUUAAAGUUUACCAAAGAACUCAGCCGCUUCACAGAUCUUCGCAUUAGUUUACUAGUUGGUGGUGAUAGUAUGGAAAACCAAUUCGAAGAAUUGGCACAGAAUCCUGAUAUUAUAAUUGCUACUCCUGGUAGGCUCAUGCACCAUUUGGCAGAGGUUGAUGACAUGUCGCUGCGCACUGUGGAGUAUGUAGUUUUUGAUGAAGCUGAUUGCCUCUUCAGCAUGGGUUUUGCUGAGCAGUUGCAUAAAAUUCUUACACAGCUGAGUGAAAAUCGUCAGACAUUGCUUUUCAGUGCAACCUUACCAAGUGCCCUCGCUGAGUUUGCCAAGGCUGGUCUUCGGGAUCCUCAACUUGUAAGACUUGAUUUGGAGACAAAAAUUAGCCCUGACUUGAAGCUUGCCUUUUUCACUGUAAGGCAGGAGGAAAAAUAUGCUGCAUUAUUGUAUUUGAUAAGGGAACAUAUCAGUUCUGAUCAGCAGACAUUAAUUUUUGUUUCAACAAAGUAUCAUGUUGAAUUUCUUAAUGUUCUCUUUAGAGAAGAUGGCAUUGAGCCUUCUGUUUGCUAUGGGGAUAUGGAUCAAGAUGCACGUAAGAUCCAUGUAUCAAGAUUUCGGUCAAGAAAGACUAUGCUGCUGAUAGUGACCGAUGUUGCUGCUAGGGGAAUUGACAUACCUUUGCUUGAUAAUGUAGUCAACUUUGACUUCCCUCCUAAGCCUAAGCUUUUUGUCCAUCGUGUAGGGCGAGCUGCUAGGGCUGGUCGUAUGGGCACUGCCUUUUCUUUGGUCACAUCUGAAGAUAUGCCUUUCCUAUUGGAUCUUCAUCUCUUUCUCUCGAAACCAAUUAGGGCUGCUCCCACCGAGGAAGAGGUUCUACAAGAUAUGGAUGGUGUCAUGUCUGAAAUGGACCAAGCUGUUGCUAAUGGGGAAACUGUUUAUGGGCGUUUUCCACAGCCAGUUAUAGAUCUAUAUUCUGACAGAGUUCGAGAAAUCAUCGAUUCAUCUACAGACCUGACUACUAUGCAGAUACCCUGUACAAGGGCAUUUCGCCUGUAUUCAAAGACAAAAGCAAAACCGUCUAAGGAGUCUAUUCACAGAGUAAAAGGCUUACACUGUGAAGGGUUGCAUCCGAUGUUCAAAAAUAUUCUAGGUGGGAAUGAAUUAACAGCCAUGGCCUUCUCUGAACGACUGAAAGCAUUUAGACCCAAGCAAACCAUUUUGGAGGCUGAAGGUGAGGCGGCUAAGUCAAAACAUCGGAAGGGAUCUUCGAGUCAAUGGGUUGAUGUGAUGAAGAUGAAAAGAGCUAUUCAUGAGGUGGUGAUCAAUAAAGUGCAUCAGCAGCGCUUUAUGGAUCAUGCCACCAAGGAAGUUGAACCAGAAGACAAUACUAUGAAGAACAAGCAGAAACAAGUUUCUGGUUUCAAAAGGAAGGGAGAUAGCUUCAAAGAUGAGGAGUACUUCAUAAGUUCAGUGCCCACGAAUCAGCAUUUUGAAGCAGGACUUUCUGUUGGUGCUAACCAAGGCUUUGAGUCAAAUAGGUUGGAUGCUGCUGUUCUUGAUCUAAAUGCCGAUGAUGGUGGGGGGUUACAGAAGCAAAAAUCUUCCUUUCACUGGGAUAAGAGGAGCAAAAAAUAUGUCAAGCUAAACAGUGGCGACCGUGUGACGGCAAGUGGGAAGAUAAAAAAUGAAAGCGGUGCGAAAUUGAAAGCUAACAAAACUGGGAUUUACAAGAAGUGGAAAGAACGAUCGCACAAGAAUGUAUCACUUAAAGGAAGAAGUAACGAAGGCACUGAUGAAUCUUCUCAUUCUACAGGUCGUGGUGGAUUACGAGGGGAUAACAGAAGAUUCAAAGGUGGAAAGCAUAAGUCAGUACCAAAUGCUCACGUGCGUUCUGAAAUCAAAGAUCUCGAUCAAGUUAGGAAAGCAAGGCAAAAGAAAGCAGAGCGGAUUUCUCAUCUGAAGGGAAGCAAAUCAAAUAAGGGGAAGAAGUCAGGUAAAAGGGGUAAUCGAGGAAAGCCGAAGUAG